AUGAUGGAGGCAGGGAUGGCUAGCAGCGCUAGCAGGGACGGAGGUUAUGCCGCGGGAGAAGGGAAGGGUAAACUGCGCGGGUCCACGGUCUCCGCGGCUGACUCCUGGACUAUUGACCAGCUCGUGGCAGCUGUGCCGGUGCGACCCUACAUCUUCUCAGAGCCGCCGCGGAGCGUUUCAACAGGUGGUCGUUGUGGUGCUGUGGAAUACCGUGGGUCCGUGCCAAAGCUGUACAUGCAGGGGGAGGCCAGAUUCUCCGUCUUCAAGGGCAUAUUUACGGACAACGAAGUUGCACAGCUACUCUCGGGCUGCAGCCAAGUGCUCAGCGAGGAGAUUCGAAAUGGGAGAGGGAGGGAUCCUGACCCUGUGGAUGGACACCCAAGCUUUGCCGUGAAGCUUGCCGACAUGGGUUUGUUUUCAGAGACGAUGUCGUCGACAUCGUCCUCAGCACUGCGCCCGCUGGUUGAAACUGUUUUGCUUCCUUUGGUCAGGCAGCACUAUGAUUCUCCCACGGCUGCGCUUUCGUCGGCGUUUUUUCGACGUUUUGUGCCAGAGGAACGUCGGUUUAUAGCUCCACACCAUGAACAUGGAGCUUUUGCCGUGGUCGUGGUCUCCCUGCAGGAGCCCGCAACAAGUACUGGAGGUUUGUUUGUGCAAGGCUCUGAGAAGGCAUUUCUGGACAGAAGAUUUGUACAACUUGAACGAGGGGACCUGUGCAUGUUUCAAUACGACCUUCAUCAUGGCACGGACGUGCAAGAUGGAUUUCGCUACGAACUGGUCCUGCACUUCAAAGACUCCGCAGAAGCUGCGCUGGAUGGCACCUGUCCCUGGUACAGGACCCACGUGGAUAAAGACAACGAAUCGGCAUUAUAUGGUUUGGCCUUGUCUCUGGCUUCUGCCAAAGAUUUCCGACGCGCUAAAGCUUUUUUGGACAAGGCAUGUGAUGGUGACCACCCAGAAGCAAUGUUUACCGCAGCGGAGUGGUUCUGGGAGCCUCCUGCGGGAUCUGGCUUGCAGGAGUCAACCCAUGCAGCACUGUCCUUGUGGCAGAGAGCUGCAGAGCUUGGUCACAGUCGGUCACAAAGCCGCUACGGUGGCUUGUUGGUGCAAGGUGUACAUGGUCGCAUCCAACAGGAUGUUGUCGAGGGCAAACGGUUGCUGCGUCUUGCUUUCGAGCAAGAUGACCCUGAUGCAGGGUUUUUCCUGGGCCAAAGGCUGUUGCAGGAAGGCGACAGAGACGGUGCUACCAAACUGCUUGCAGCAUGCCUGAAAGGACAUCCCAGAGCGUGCUUCCAGGUGGCAGAGAUGUACAGAGAAGGGCAGCACAAGUUCCCCAAGGACCUGCAACAAUCGCUCCGCUACACUAAAUGGGCAGCUCAUCAAGGAGAUGCGCAGGCUUUAAGCAAUCUGGGGCACCUGCUGGUGAAUGGUAUGGGAGUGGUGAAGGACGAAGCGAAAGCUGUUCGAUUGUUUCGGCAUGCGGCGCAGCGAGGUGCUGCCGAGGGUAUGCUGAACUAUGGCUUGGCCCUCCUGCGCGGCAGUGGUGGUGUCAAGGUAGACUACCAAGAAGCUUUGAAGUGGGCACAGAAGUCUGCCGCGAUGGGGCACAGCCUGGCACAUCAGCAGCUCUCGAUGUUUUUCAACGCAGCGAAGAAUCCUAAUCCGCCAGCUCGGUGCGUGCCAUCUUCCAUGGAGGAACUGCGAACUCUCGGAGUAAGAGACCUUCGAGAUCUCCUCCGUUCAGAAGGCUGUCCGGUGGCGCAAUUCGGAGUUCGCUGUAAAGACGGUUUGAAAGUUGCCGGCUACAGGCCGUUGUAUGUGCAGUUCGGGCAGGGGGCAGUCUGUGGGCUUCCUAGUACUUUAGAGCCCCGGUGA